AUGGCAAAAUCAUUGUCCGAGCAGAUUGCCGCUCUUGCCAAUAAACCAGCGGUGCAAGACUACGAUAUAGAAGAUAACGAAAGAGCGGUUUUUGAGCACCAGGAUCAUAAUGGUGACGAUGAGUCUGAGGCCGAAUCCGAAGACGGACAAUUGGCCAAAUCUCACUAUGUGAACGUUGGAAAAUCGGAUAUAAGAGACCAAGGCAUCGCACUAAGAGACGAGAAAUAUCAAGGAACAAAGGGAUCCAGAAAUAAUGCCUAUGAGGCACCUACGUUGGAAAGUUCAGGGGAGGGUUCGCAAGAUUCGGAAAAUGAUGGAGAACAGUCCGAAAGCGAAGUGUCAGCGGACGAUAGUGGUGUCUCUAUGCGUACAGAUUCAGAAGACGAGGAAAUAGAAGAAGAGGGGGAGGCAAGCGAAGAAGAAAGCAACUUAGGGGCUGUCGAAGAUGAUGAGGAUACAGAGUUGAAACGUCAAAGACUGGCAGAGAUUGUACGGCAAGAAGCCCGCUCUGCCGCAAACAAGCUUUCAGAAACAACGCAUAAAGAUGCAGUCAAGGGUUUCGCCAUCCUGGAACAAUACUGCAUUUUUGACCAUAUUCUAGAUGCCCGAAUCAAGCUGCAGAAAGCUGUCAAUGCUGCCAACGAGCUUCCACUCACAAACCUAUCGUACGAGAAAUAUUUGCAAGAGUCUUCCAAAAACGAAAAGCUCAUUUCCAAGACGAUGAAGUUGCUGGAGAAAGUUAUGGGUCAAUUGGUUGACUUUCGUGGCGAGUUUCAAGUCAACGAAAAGAUAUCCUCCACCGGAGAUGGUUCGAAGACAUCUUCUACAGUGCACAAGAGAAGUUUUACAGAGCUAUGCGAUCAAUCGCAUAACCUUGACGCUCAAUUGAAGGAAUAUCGUAACGCCGUUCUCCACAAGUGGUCUCAGAAAGUUGCAUCGGCAUCUGGAAAGUCUAUCAUGUCUUCAUCCAAGUUCAAAGCCAUCCACCAGCCGGCAGACGUUCAAGUGGAAAAUCAACUCGCCGAUACCUCAAGACUUUUAAAACGUACUAGACUCAACAGAAGGAAUGUCGCUGCUCUUGGAUUCGAGGAAGAUCUAGAAAAGGGUGACCUCGAAGAGCUCAAACCGGUGGUUGACUCAGAAGCAGAGAAUUCUUCCGACGAAGAUCUCGAUAUUCCCAAGAAUUACGAUCCAAGGAAAAGGAACAAUAAAAUCAUGGACACUAGUGAUAAUCCUUAUAUUUUUGACGAUGAAGACUUCUAUCGUGUACUGCUGAAUGAUCUUGUCGACAAGAAGAUUGCUAGUGCACAAAAUGAAAGCAGUGGCGUUACCAUUGCCAUGACGUCUCGGUCCAAUAAUAAGAUUAAAAAGAACGUUGAUACGAAGGCCUCGAAGGGCAGGAAACUUAACUUCACCAUUCAAGAACCAAUUGCAAAUUACGAAGCUCCAAUAAAUAGAGGGUUCAAAUGGUCGGACGAACAAAUAGAUGAGUUCUGUGCCGGCCUGCUAGGGCAGCGCAUAGACUUCAAUGAAGAGUAUGAGUCCCAGGAAGAACACGAACAACCAGCUGACCUGGACACCACAGGUAUUCAAAUUUUUGGAUAG